AUGCAAACGACAACUAUAGAAAAAAAGCGAAAUAAAUACAAGAAAAAGUUUAACUAUAAAGAGAAGAAAAUAUAUAGGUAUAAAAUUGAGAGUAAAGAUAAAGAAGAAAUAAAAACUGAUGAUGAGAAGAAGGUAAUACCAAAAAUUGCUCAAAAGGUAUCCGAAGAUAUACGUAAAGUAUUCCUAUCUACCAUAGAUCCGCAUGAUACUCCUUUAAAAUGGUGGAAAACGGAACACGUAAAAUACGCAAUAAAUUAUCCACCAGUAAAAUAUCGAUUAGAAAAGGUUAUGGAAAGUCAUAUCGUCCGACUAACGGAUAGGAAAUAUAUGUUGCUACUUAUGACUAAAUUAUACGAGGAUCAUGUGGAGGAGCAGAAUAUACGUAUUGAGAAGAGAAAGUUAUCACCACCAUUAAUUAUAUCUCGACUAUUAAAACUAUCUUAUAAAGUGCUUUCUGAAAAGAUGCAUGAACCAAGGUAUACUAAAUUGAAACUCUACGUGUAA